AGGGCAUCACUGGCUCCCCUGGGCUGAGCAAGGCAGGGGCCGCCCCAGCAGGGCACCCCCCCGGCUACCUGGGGCGCGGGGCCCGGCGGGGUGCCCGGAGCUCACCUUCCCCGCGGGGCCGUGCCGCCCCUUGAACCCCCGCCCCUGCCGAGCCCCCUCCCCGGCUAUAAAGCGCGGUGGGCCGUCCGGGCCCGCUCCUCGCCGCUGCCAUGGCCGCGCUGCGCUUCGGAGAGCCCCCGGCGGAGCCGCCCGCCUUCCCCGCGGGCAGGUGGGCGGGAGGCGGCGGGCCCGGCGCGGCCUCGCCCGCCCUCAGGGCGCUUCCCCCGGCGGAGCCGUCCGAGGGGGCGCCGGCGGCCUCGCAGCGUCGGAAGCGGACCAGCUUCACGGCGGCGCAGCUGGAGACGCUGGAGCUGGUUUUCCAGGACACCAUGUACCCCGACAUCUACCUGCGGGAGAAGCUGGCCGACGCCACGCAGAUCCCCGAGUCCCGCAUCCAGGUCUGGUUCCAGAACCGCCGCGCCAAGUCCCGCCGCCAGCGGGGUCCGCCCCGCCCCGGCCCCGCCGCGCCGCCGCCGGGCUGCCCGCGGCCGCCCCGCUUCGCCGCCCUGCGCGGCCCGGAGCGGCCCCGCUGCGCCCUGUCCGGGGUGGCCCGCACGGAGGACGGCUCGGUACCCUACGCGUGGCCGCCGGCCGCCAGCUUCCCCCCCGGCCCCGCCUUCGAGGGCUUCCCGCCCGGCCAGUCCGGCGGGGCAGAGCCCGGCCCGUUCGCGGGGAGCGCCGCCGGCCCCUUCCCGCCGGCCCGCGCCUUCUGCGGGCAGUACUCGCCCGUGUCGGACGCCGAGGACACCAGCGGCUACUCGGAGUCGGGCUCGGAGUGGGAGGAGAACGCGCUCGGCGCCUUCCGCGCCCUCUGAGCGCCCGGGCGGGGAGCAGUCACACACCGCGCUACCUCACCACUGCUGCUCUGCCACUGUUGCACUUUAUCCGGUAGUAACUGAUUCUACCUAUUUAUUUAAGAAAGAUACGGGUCGGCUCCAUCAGCUGAGGGCAUCUUUUUACACUGUAUUUAAAGUUUUCUUGUAUCAUGUUUAGUAUAUCUAUUUAACCUUCUUUAGCCAAAAAGCUAACCCAUAUCCACUGUGUUCUGGGGGUGGGGGCUGGUCUUAAAAAAGAGUGAUGGUCUGUUGGGGUUUUUUGACCAAGGAAAAUAAAAUAAAGCUUUACAUUUUUCA